AUGAGUUCAGAAGAUAGCGGCUGCGAUCAAAAUGACGACCUUGGCACUAGAAAGCUGACCAAAAGUGAUAAAGCCGUUAUAAGAACUGCAAACGAGCUGCUAGAAUCACUGGAACAAACACAUAGAAAUGACCUAGCACUGCAUUUAUACUCUACAUAUCUUCUGAAGCACCUCCUACGUGCAGCUAAUAGAAAGCAUUCGCAGCUUGAAACAGAUGUUUUCAUAAAGACUCAGAUAAAGGAUAACUGGACCUCCUGGCCUAACCCAUAUACCGUUAUUGACCCAAAGACCAAUAAAAUAUUCGAAGAUUUCCAUGACGACGAAACUGAGGAAGUAAUUAAUGCAGGAGAGAUCUCAGCUGAAGGUCUAAAGCAUGCAUCAGAGAUGUUGAAUUUAGAAAUAGAUGCUAUCUGGCAGCGUCUACUAUCAAAAUCCGCUGCUAAGUAUGGCAACACUUUGGAUGUUGAUAGAAUGAGAAUUCCUCGUCACUGUAGUUCUGAGAUAUUGAACAAAUUAGAUCACUUCUUUGAGGGCCUUCACAAUAAAGUUGCUCAGCUGAGUAAACUGGAGUUGUCACAGACUGCCAAUUCAACACAAAUUACACUAAGUAAAGAAAGCAAAAAUCACCCCAUUCAUAUGAAUAAGAAAAUUAAGCUGAACUAUAGGGAUAUUAUUUCACAAGGAUGCCAAAUGGGGGAGGAUAUGUCAAGUAUUUAUAUGAAAUCGCUGGAACUGUACAACGAUAUACCCUCUCGUUUUAGAAAAUCUCCAUUUAAAUUAAACAAAUCAGAACUACAAAAGUAUGCAACAAAACCUCGAGGUGAGGCAAAUUGUAGAGCUUCUAAGAAGUUGAGGAAUGAAUACAUUUCAAUCAAGAAACUUAUAAAAGAAAGGAGACUUAAUUUUGAAACUAGAAAUCUUCUAAGGAAAGUACAACUAUCACAAAGUGACUUUCUACUCGAUAAAAAAACUUUCUAUGUGGUAAGAGGGUAUGAGAAUGACGGCGAUACUGCAGAAUCUAGUAUUGAAAUAAAAGAUUAUUUGGUUGAUACAGAUAACUAA